UUACCUGCAGUGCCCGGGCCUCAUACGAUCGAUGUGAACUGCUGGAUACCGACUGCAACUUCUAUUUCUGAUAGAAUUCGCCAAUUUUUCCUUGGUGGAUCUCAUCAACUCAUUCAAAGUGAUAUUGUUAAUUUAGGUUUGAAUCGAUUUAAGUUAAAGACUCAGUCAAAAGGGACAGUUCAGCUGCGAGUAAAUAUAUUGCUCCGGAAUUUUAGCCAAUUUGGAGUAGAGUAUAAGUGAAACAUGAAAGUCAUUACAUAUUUAGAUUUCACUGUCCUAUCAAUACUCAUUCAGUUUUGUGUCAUGGAUUACAUACAAGAAAAAAAUCAGUCUGAUGAACCUGUGUCUCUCAAUGUAACUACACACAAAGAUGUUAUAACAGACUUAUUGAAGAACAUUAGUGUUAAGCCUCAUGCUCUUUACUACAGGACACAUGUCAUGAGUAGAUCAUUAAAAAACACGUCCCCAUCAAAGAAUUAUAAUAACUCCUCAUUGUCGGAGACAAUAGGAACAACAGAUGCAACCACCACCAUAUUUGAUGUCCUUUAUGAUGAAAAUACUUCUGAAACAGAUGUCACUUCUACUACCACAGAGCUGUAUUUCACUAGUACUGAAUUUGAUAAUGUCACAGAAAUAACAUUUUAUGAUAUCAAAAACAAAUCAUCUGAUGUACCUAGUACUACAUCUAAAGUUAAUUUUAAUUUACACUGUGAAUGUAACUUACUGUAUAAUGUUUGUGAUCUAUACUGUUGUUGUGAUCAAGACUGUUCUGAAAAUGAACUCAAAAUAUUCCAAUGCCAAAACAAAAUAAAGGAAGAAGAUAGAGCAAUUGAUGGAUGCAUUACACAUUUAUUAGAUGAACAGAGAUAUGGCGGCAGUAUGCUUGAUAAUCUGUUCUGUGUUGUUAAAAGUAACUUACCUAAUAAGCGAAGUUUAAGAAAGUUUAGUCUCGCAUCAACCGAUAACUAUUACACAGUUCCAAAGCAACCUUCAUAUGAAUUUAAGAAAACCUUGUAUAAACAAGGUGAUCCUAUUUGGCUGUUGAAAAAUGGAAUAUUUUAUUAUUUGGAUUUCCCAGCACCAAUGGUAAACCAUUACUGUACCGACCGAGUACCGAUUCAAUUUAUCAGGAAGGAGAAAAUAAAAUGUAAUGUGAAACUUGAGCAUUUAGAAAUGUUUAAUAUAUUGAAAACUACUGAUGAAGCUUUGGUUAUAAGUGCUACUGACAAUACGUUUAACAGCACCACUUUGAACUGCACUAAUCUUCAUUGCAUUAAUUGGACAAUCCUUGCAUGUGAAGAUGGUGUAUGUGCAAAUUACGACAAAACUUUGAACGAAGCGACAUGCACGGAGAAUGUCUGCAAUAAUAUAGCGUUGAAAAUCGAUUAUGAAUUCUAUUACUACGAUUUGAAAAUAAUGAACGCGACGAUAAAACUGCACAUACAAAAUAUAUCGCAUGUAUUACCAUUCAUGAUGCAAGAAAUCAAUAUAAAUUUUUAUAUGUCCAAUAAGUCUAUAGACCAUGUAAUUGAAUUAAGUGGAAACCCAGGAUAUAUCAACGGUUUACCAGUAAUUGCAUCAUACGUUAAGAGUAACUAUACCGACAAUUUUUUCAAUAAUACUUCGGAAACGAGGAGGCGAAUGUUACUUCCCGAAAACAAAAAUGGACUUUGUGUUUUAUCCAACACAACAAGUAACAUUGUAACAUUUGGCAUCAGUAAAAGAAAUAAAUGCCGGUAUGAACAUCCGCACACAACUUUACCAAAAAAGAACAUGUGCAACAACAUACAAAAUGGCAUAAUUGAACUUUUAAGGCUUAACAGUAAUAUAUCCAUAUCUCAAUUAGGUAAUCCACAUGGUAUUGCCGACGACGGUUGGAUAAAUAUGUUUAUAGACACCAAUAAACGCGAUCCUGUUUAUGGAGAGUAUAAUGAAAACACCUUUAAACUUUACUGUUAUAAUUUAAUUAACAGACUAUCUGUUACCUUCAUGUUCGCUAAUGUCGACGAAGGAUCACACAAGGGUCAAAAUAAGAUUCUAUCAGCUAAAUAUGAAGUAACAACUAGAAACGUUAGUUUUAAUGUAGAGGAUAUUUCUAUUGUUAUUACUGUUGAUAUUAAUUUCGUGGAUCUGACCAAGCCAAGUGUAAUUCAAUAUGCUGGAGGUCCACAUUUAAAUAUUCAUUUACCCAAAGAUUUCUUCUUCCCCUUUCCUCAGAACGGCUGUAUUCACAUGUCUAACAAGUUAAUUGUAACGAUAUACUGCUGUGUAAUAUUGCUUUUUACAAAUAAAAUAACUCUUGAAUAAUAA